AUGGAGGUCUUCAAGGCCGCGAAGGGCGCGGAAGGCCCGAAGAUAGCCACACCGCUGCCGUCGCAGCUCGCAACGGGCAGCGCGCAGGCGUCCAGUGCUCUGUCCACGAGGCCCGCGUCAGCGUCGCACGCGAGCCGCAACAGCGAUGCCUCCGUCUCCCAACCGGGCAAGACGCGCGUCCGGCGCAAGUCGAGCGGCCUCCCGAAGUCCGUUCCGCCCGGGAGGACCAUCCCGGAAGAGCACGCAAACGCUGAGGAGGAGGCGAGGCCCGCGAACAAGGGCAUCGCGCUGCGGUCCUCGGUGAGGAACUACAAGAAGGACUUCGACGUGUACCCGUCGUGGGAGCCGGACCUGGCGCGGGCGGACGCCGUGGCGGCCGAGUCGGGGCUGUUGAAGGGCCGCAAGGUGGGGGGCGCGCCGGCGGACGCCGGGGCGCUGCGACGGGGCAAAAAGUCGACGAACCAGCUCAACAAGGAGCGGCAAGCCAUCGAGGUCAAUCGAGAGAACAAGCGCCUGUACCGGAAGCUCAAGGACAUCUCCCGGGAGCCCCCCGCCCGCUUCCACGCCCCGCUCGGGUCACAGAGCCUGGCGCCCUCCGCCAGGCGGCACGGGCCCACCACCCGGCCGGACGAGCACGGCAGGCCGCCCGAGGCGUGGCCGCCCGGCGGAGAUGCCGCGCGUGCGCACGCGGGCGCGCGCGCGUACCAGCUGCACAGCGAGGGCAAGCGGAUCCGCGCGGGCAACGCGACGAUGAAGAAGAAGGUCACGCAGCCCUUCGCGAACGACCCGGGGUUCAACUCAUACGGCGCGGUGAUGGGCAGCGUGGAGGUGGACGCCGGGGCGCUGUGGCCGCGGCGCGCGGAGCUGUGGGACGCGCAGCACCCGAUGGCGGCGGCGGCGCGGGAGCAGCGGGCGAAGCUCGGCGCGCGGGCGCGGCCGCACAGCGCGGCGGCGGCGCGGGAGCGGGAGGCGUCGCGGAAGGAGCGGGCGCGGGCGGCGCUCGCGGCGCGGCCGGCGUGGGACGAUACGGCGGCGGAGUGCCACGCGGCGCCGGGGGGGCCCACGAAGGCGAUGGGGGUGGGGUCGUGCGCGGGAUGCGGGCGGCGGCGGUUUUGGCGGGGCGACGGGGUGGACCUGUUCGCGUGCGAGAAGUGCGGGCGGGCGCUGUACUGCAGCGAGGCGUGCGCGCUGAUCGACUGGAUGGUGCACCGCCGGGAGUGCGCGUGGCGCAGCAAGGGCGUCAAGGCGGUGCGCGGUGUGGAGGAGGAGUCGUGGGUGGUCAACGGGGCGUACGCGGAGGUGCGGCGGCGGCUGCGGGCGGGGGAGCUGGAGCCGGACGAGGCGUGGCGGCUGUACCAGGCGCGCCGCGAGAAGGAGCUGCAGCGCGAGGCCAACGCUGCCGAGCUGGUCAAACGGGACCGCCUGGGCAUGGACACGGCGCGCCCGUGCUGCGUGCCGGGGGCGGGGGAGCCCUCCAAGGUGUACGACCCGAACCUGCGCGGGGGGCGCGCGGCGAACGGGCGCGUGAUGAUGGUCAACGUGGGGCGCAGGGUGCUCAUGGCGCGCGUGGCCGCGAGCGGGCGAGCGGCGAACGUGGGGCGCGCGGGGGCCGCGGAGCUCGGGGCGACGGCCGUCAAGCGGGCCGCCGCGGAGUCGCGGGGGCGCAAGCUGGAGGGCACGAUGACGAUGACGGCGACAGCGCGGGCGCGCUUGAACGCCACGGGGCAGUGA